AUGCGCUCCACUACACGCUUCCCCUCCUUCUCCUUCUCGAGCGUCCGCUCCUCGCUCCGUCGCGCGCCGUCGUCGUCGAACGGCUCCAUCAUGUCGAGCAGCAACCGAAACUCGUACACGUCGCACUCGUCGUCGACGCCGGUCCAUACCAUCAACGCCAUCAUCCACCGCCAGCCGUCCAUGCUGCACAUGGAGGAGGAGCGGAAGAUUUUUGGGACGGGGCUGGAGAUCCUGGAGCCGAGGCCGCUGGUCUACUGGGAUGGGUUGGAGGAGAGGAUGGGCUCUCUUCCCGAGUCCCGAGUCCCGACUCCCAUCCCGGCCGGCAUCCAGGUUCUCGGCAGACGUUAUACUUCGACUCGGCAUCCACACCGACACACUGACGCCGACGACCCGGUCUCAUAUCGUCUCAACAUUCACACUACACAUGGCCCUGACAAUUCAGCCAAGUCAGGCCUGAACUCGAAUUCAACCGCACGCAAUUCGGAGACCCCGUCCCUUCCAGCUCUUCAAACAAAUCAAACUCCCUCGCCUCACGUCGUGUUACAACCUUCCAUCCACAUGGACGACAAUGCCGAGCGGGGGGCCUCCACAUCUGAGAACAUCGAAGACGCCCCGUCCCCGACCACAUGGACAUCGCCGUCGCUUGUGAGAACUCCAGACGGAGAGUUGGAUAGUGGCAUGAGCAGGUCACAAGCAUACAACUUGUACACCUCUCACCUUCUAUCAACGUGGAACGUGAGGACGUAUGAGUUCGCAGCGGUCAUCUUCACUGCUGCUGCGUAUCCGGAUACACUUCUUGCUGCUGCGAUUCGCGGCAUCGUAAGUACGCUCGCAUCGAUAUGCUUCUCCUCCGUGGUCGGGAGAUGGGUAGACCAAAGCCCCAACCGGCUCCAGGCCCUCCUGAGUACCAUCUCUGUCAACAGGCUCACGGUAAUCGGUGCUUCGAUGCUCUGGUACUUCAUCGUCGACCCAGUUUCCGGCCCACAAGUGAUCACCGCACUUGACUCCAGCAUCAUCGGCUUCCCCACUUCCUUGCUCCUUAAGGCCGGCAUCUUUUCUUCUAUCUUACUCCUCGGCAUCUUCGAAGCUCUGAGUGCGUCCGGAAAUAUGUUGUCCAUGGAACGGGACUGGGUCGUGACAGCUGCUGCUCCUGAUGGUCAACCCUACGAUCUUACGCAUCUCAAUUCGGUGAUGCGGAGAAUCGAUCUUGUUUGUAAGCUUGUGGCACCGCUCUUGAUCUCGGUUAUCAUGUCGGCUACCAACAAUCGGGUAGGUGCCCUCGUGGUUGGGGUUAUGAGUGCCACCAGCUGGGCGGUCGAGAUAUUCUGCGCAAAGAUCGUCUGGAAACGGAAUCCUCGUCUUCAGGCUCCAAAGGCCGUCGCGAUCGGACAUGUCUCCAGCGCGGUGGCCGGUACUCAAUCUACGCCUCGUCCGGGCUUCUUCCGCCGAGUCUUACAGGGAGCGAGACGCUAUGUUCAAGAUUUCAAGAACUACUUCGCUUGCACUGCUUGGGUGCCUUCGCUUGCACUCGCCCUCCUCCAUCUCUCGGCGUUGUCGUACGGUGCCACGUUCAUCACGUUUCUGCUCAACGUUGGGUUCUCCCUGGAGUUGAUCACCGUGGCGAGGGCGGCAGGCAGUAUUGUUGAAAUUUGCAGCACGGUGGUCACACCUGUCGGUGUCCAGUAUCUGGGAAAAGCUGCUAGCACCCAUGGAAGAUUUAGAGGCGAGGAGAUCAUAGAUGAUAGGGAUGUCACGACACUGCUUGGGAGUGACUCGGGGCAAGGAAAUACCGAGACGGGUCUGGAGAGGCUGGGGCUGUGGGGUAUCUCGUGGCAGCUUUCGAACCUGGUCCCAGUCAUGUUCGCACUCUGGUCCCUAUCACCCGGUUCGCCACCCGUCUCGGACCUCCCACACCUCAUCCUACACUUCCUGCCCAACCCCUCGCAAACCACACUGGCCAUCAUCCUCUUCUCCUUCCUCUCGCUGUCCCGUCUCGGUCUCUGGGUCUACGAUCUCACCACGCAGCAGCUGACACAGACCCUCACGCUGCCGUCCCAACGCUCGUCCUUCACGGGGGUCGAGUACUCCUUUGUGUCCCUGUUCCAGCUACUGCAGCACGUCGUCGCGAUCUUCUUGAGCCGACCGGAGGACUUUAGGUGGAUCGCCAUGAUGAGCUUCGGGGCGACGGUGGUGAGUGCGGUGAUGUACGCCGCGUGGGUGUGGAGGAUGCGAGGUCACCUCGUGCAUUGGGAAAAGCUCGGUCGGACCUUCGACUGCGUGGUUACGAGGGGGGAAGGGCGGUGGCGGAGGUGGACGAGGAGGUGA